AUGUCCGCCAAACAGACGCCGUCAAUCAUUGGCAAAAUUUACCGAGCAUAUGAUAAGUCGUCCAACCACAGUCAUUGCAUUGUUCUGGAAAAUCGUAUGCAAGCUGAAGUGUUGUUGUUUGAAAACAACACUCUGUGUACGGCCACGGUCAGUGAGUUCGACACGUUCAAACGACAGUGUGUGAAAAUAGUAGACGCCUACGGAUGCCUUGGUGUUUUGAAUGUAAAUAUCGAGAAUAAAGUAGCACUGUUCCUGGUGUUGGUAACUGGGUGCCAGUCAGUUGGCAAGAUAUCUGAUGCAGAAAUAUUCAAAAUCACGCAGACCACGUUUGUUUCAUUGCGUAAGCAACAGAGCGAUGACUAUGCAUCCGAGGUACGGAAGCUUUUAAACAGUGGUAGUUUUUAUUUUUCGAGGUAUGUGUCACAAGAUGUUCGUUUUGAUUUAACCCUGUGCGCCCAGAGACAAUGGAAUAACUGUGUUCCUGAUAAACGUUUCUUUUGGAACCGCAAUUUACAUGUAUAUUUUAUUCACUUUGGAAUUGAUACCUCCCAAUGGUUAAUGAAAAUUGUUUGUGGCAGUAUUGAAAUAAAAACUGUUUAUGCAAGACACAAGCAAGCCAGAAUCGCUAUAAUAUCAAGAUUGAGUUGUAGAAGAGCUGGAACUAGGUUCAAUGUCCGUGGUUGUAAUGAUGAUGGUUAUGUUGCAAAUUUUGUUGAAACCGAACAAGUUAUAUACUUGGAUGAUGAGGUUACUUCUUUUGUGCAAAUAAGAGGUAGUGUACCACUAUUUUGGGAACAACCAGGAAUGAAUGUUGGAGCACAUAAAGUAAAACUGUCAAGAAGCAUUGAAUCUUCAGCGGACGUUUAUGAGAAACACGUUAAAUCAUUAACAGAUUGUUAUGGUAAUAUAAUUUUCAUUAAUUUGCUAGGUGGAGCAAAUUCAAAUAGUAAAGAAAAUGAAUCUGCCUUGAGCUAUGCAUUUGAACAAAAACAUUCCACUUCAGCAUUUUCUUUCAUACCAUUUGUUGCAUUUGAUUAUCAUCAAGAGUUUAAAAGUAAUGGUGAUAAGAGUCUACAAAAAUUGAAGAACUCAGUUAAUCCAUAUUUAGACUCAUUUGGUUUGUUUUAUGCAAAAGGUAACUCUGUUGUAAAACACCAAACCGGUACCAUGAGAAUAAAUUGUACCGAUUGUCUUGAUCGUACAAACUGCAUUCAAAAAUUUUUUGCUCUUGAUAUGUUGGCCAAGCAACUGGAAUUUCUUUGUCAAAAUGAAACUGAUCAAAUAAUAUCAAGAUUUGAAGAAGUAUUUCAACAGCUUUGGGUAAACAAUGGCAAUGAGAUAAGUAGAAUAUAUGCUGGUACUGGUGCAAUACAAGGUGGAUCUAAAUUAUUGGAUGGAGCUCGAUCUGCAGCCAGAACUAUUCAAAAUAAUCUUUUGGAUUCUAGUAAACAAGAAGGAUUUGAUAUAUUAUUAUCAGGUAAUGCCUUUAACAAUGAGUUGUUAGCAAAAGCUAAAGCAUUACUUCCUUAUAACACUUGGCAAUGUCAUCCAGAUUUGGCAGAAGAGAUGUGCAAAAAGUAUAAAUCUUAUACUUACACGAGUAAUUUAAGAAUUUCUGUUGCUACAUACAAUGUAAAUGGAGGUAAACAUUUUUUGAAUUUUGAUUCUAAUAACUUGGAAUCAUUAUCCAAAUGGCUCUUGGAUCCCUAUAAAGUCUCCUUAUUUGAUCCAUCAAAAAAGUUCUUCCUAAAUGAUAAUAAUAAUCUUCCUGAUAUUUAUGCAAUUGGAUUUGAAGAAAUUGUUGACUUAAAUGCCAGUAAUAUUAUGGCUGCUAGUUCAAACAAUGCAGACUCAUGGAAUAAAAGUCUUAAAAACAUUUUGUCUUCUAAAAGGGAUUAUGUCCUACUUACUAGUACACAACUAGUUGGUGUUUGUCUGUUUAUAUUUGUAAAACCAGAACUAUUACCUUAUAUUAAAGAUGUUACUACAGACUUUGUUAAGACAGGAAUGGGAGGAACAACUGGUAAUAAAGGAGCUGUAACGGUGAGAUUCACUUUAGAUGCUACAAAUCUUUGUUUUAUAUGCUCUCACUUUGCUGCCGGGCAAUCACAAGUUGCUGAUCGUAAUGCAGACUUCAAUGAAAUAGCGAGAAAACUGAAAAUUCCAAUUCAAUCAAAUGAUUAUGUAUACUGGUGUGGAGAUUUUAAUUAUCGGGUUGAUAUGGAUCGUUUAGACCUCAUAAAUCAUGUACUAGAUGGAGACUUGGAAGAAGUUUUAAAGUAUGAUCAACUUUUAGCUCAAUGCAGAGAUAAAAAAGUAUUUGAAAAUUUCUUUGAAGCUCCUAUAACAUUUCCUCCAACAUAUAAAUAUGACAUACUAUCAGAUGAAUAUGACUCGAGUGAUAAAUGUCGUACACCAGCUUGGACUGAUCGAGUACUUUGGUACUGUAAUGAAAGUAAUAGUUGGCCAAAUGGUAAGCAAGUAUUCUAUGGACGCGCUGAAAUCAAAGAGAGUGAUCAUAGGCCUGUAACGGCUUGUUAUGAAAUUGAAAUUUUGUGCGUUGAUCAAACCCAGAGGGAAAGAGAAUUGAAUAUAAUAUGGAAUGAAUAUGGACCAAUUGAUGGAGUUAUUUUAGUACAUAUUGAAAACACUGACUUUCCUCUAAAUGAUGAAUCAUUUAAAAAUAUAAUGCUUCAAGGUUUGGGUUCUUUUGGUAAAAUUUUAAAUGCCAGAUAUUUCACAGAUCAUGCCGAAAUCACUUAUGAAAAUGGUCGUUCUGCAGCUAAUGCUUUAAAAAUAAAACAAAUAACAAUCUACAAUUAUACUCUAAUUUUAACUGCUAAAGAUAAUAAUUGGGCAUUAGCUAUAAAAAAUGAGAUUGAAACUGUCACAAACAACGUUGUGCCCUUAUGGACGGAUAAGUUGAGACCAGCUCCAAUGAGACCUCCAUUACCUGCAAGGUCUGAUCAAAGUCCGAAUUCUGAUGGAAUGCCGAACUAUCCACCACCCUCAAAUGUUCCUUUACCACCAUUACCCCCAAGACAAAGAAUGCCUCCUCCACUCCCCCCUAGAAAUGGGUGA